CAUACGUUCAAAUUUAUUUCAUUGAUACGUAACGACAGUGAUUAGGAAACUGCGCGAAAACAAAAGCGCACGCACAAAAAAAGUCUUCACAGAUAAGAGAGAAAAAACACAGUGCCUCAAUGUGGUCUCGAAUACCCUAUGCCGCUUCCCAAAGAAAGCGAUCACAUAUUGGGUACGUCGGGACCACAUCAGGUAAUUAUCUAAUUAGGAGCUUCGGGCUUAUCACUGCAAAUCACCAAACUUGAAAAUUGAACUCAUCGAUGACGCAUGCACUUAACCAAGUCAAAAGAUAAGACGCGUAGACUUCAUACACUUAUAGAAAACACGUUAUCAACUCGUCAAUAUAUAGAUAUUGCAAUUUGAGUGUAAAAUUAUCAGUUUCACAAAUAAAAGUGAUAAUAUUUUGAAGAUUUUAAGUUUAGUGCAUUUAAAGGUGUAUUUUUGGUUGCAUAUAGUAAAAGAAGUUUUGAAUUAAAUUUCAUCAAGUUUGUAUGUAAAUCUAUUGAUCAAACAAUUGAGUAUUAAUCAAAAUAGUGUCUUGACAGGAUGGCGAAAGCAAAACAAGUUCAAUUACAGAUUGAUAUCACCUCCGAUGAGGAAUGGGAGAAGUUUCUUCAGCGAGAUGGUCUUCUCGUGGUGGAUAUCUACUCGGAAUGGUGUGGUCCAUGCUUGGCAAUGCAGGGAAACCUCAAGAAGAUAAAACUUGAGAGUGGGGGAGAUUUUCUCCAUCUUGGAAUGGCUAGAUCAAAUAAUGUGGAAGCCCUGAAACGUUUUCGUAAUAAAUCUGAACCAACAUGGAUGUUUAUCGCAAAAGAAUGUUUGGAAGGAAUACGCACACGUCCCCAACGUUUACCAGAAGAAAACUCCGAGCAGGAGCAAGCAACAUUUGAAAAACACGCCAAAAUUGAACAGGACCGUGAAAGGGUUAAAGUGGAGAAAGCCCAGAGACAACUCAAAGACAGACGAAUUGCUCAGGCUAAAAAUAUAUUGGAUACAAUGGCGCAUCUUGGAUUAAUCAUCAUUUUUCCGCAUGCUGUUAAAAAAAGCAGUGAUAUUUUGGAUGAAUUUUUACCUCAUACGGGUAUAGCUAUCUCCAAAAAAGAAAGACCUCAACUUACAGAGGAAGCAAUUGAAGAUAUAGAAUUCCUAUCACCUGAUAAGAUGCCUGAAGCAUGCAAACAUCACCUUUGUAGUGAACGUGCUCUAGCAUUGAUGUUAACAGUUGAUCAAGAGAUGAAUCCUGGUCCUUUGGAUGAAACUAUACUAAAAUUUGCUUAUGGAGCAACCAAAAUUGCUCCAGGGGAACCAGGGACACCUGCUUAUUCAUUGUUAAAAUCCCAGGUAACUAAAAAGAUCCAGGAAGAAGCUGAAGCCAUAAAACAACAACAAAUGCAAGCCAUGUUGGAGUUAGAUGAAGGUAUUGAUCAACUAGAAGAGGAGGAAGUAGAGGUAGAAGAAGAAGCUGAAGAGGAAGAAGCGGAAGAAGAACAGGUGGCUGAGGUAAUAGAUCCCAAUGAGUUUAGACGGGUUAGUUCCACCUUUAGUCCAACGGCUAUUACAAUUGAGAUUGAAGAUUUGGUUGAAGAGGAAGUUGUGGAGGAAGAAGUAGACGAGGCGGAUCUUUGGGGUCUAUGGGCACCUGCGAAUGACUUGGUUAAGUCUACAGCGUUGAAAUAUUGUUUCCCCUUGAUUACAUCUGCGCUGAUAUUGCCGGAACCGGAACCAGCGCCUGCGCAUCUUGCGAUUGCGUUUGAAGUGUUUAAGAAGCAUGAUAUCUAUAAGGUUAUGGAUGAGUAUGAGAGUGAGAUUCUGGCGUUUGGGUUUUUCACUUCGGAUCAACCUGAUGAGGCUAAACUUAUUGCUAAGACGAAGAAACAGUAUUAGAAACACUUCACAGGGACUAAUUAUGGAGAAAAAUUGGUCCUCAAAGUAGCAAAAAGAAAAUCAGACCCUAUUCUAGCCUUCGCCCAACUAGGACCAACCUACAUGUCCUCAAACGUUGAUACAGGAGAACGUGACUGUUCGCAUUUCUUCCCGGAAAACUACGAGGACGAAGACGCGGAAAUAGCUCCCCUUCAACCAAGACACACUACUUUUAUUGAAGAUACAAUUGGUGAAGACCAAGAAGAGAUGAUAUUUGAAGGUGUGUUACACGGUGAAGAAGAAGAAGAUUUAGGAGACCUAGGAGGUGAAGUGGAAGACAUACCUCCAAUGGAAAUGAGUGAAUUACCCCAAGUUGAAGACGAAGAAGAAGGUGAAGAAGGUGAAGGUCAAGAUAAAGCAACCUCACCCCCACCACCAUCAAUGAGUACAAGUAAAAUGAAAGUCAAGUCAACCACAAGUAAAUUAAACGCAAAGAUUACAGCUUCAAGGAUGCAAUACACACAAGAAGCUCCUCCACCACCUCCUGUUAUACCAGAAGGUGGAGAAGCUACUGAAGGUGAAGAAGGAGAAGGACCUCCACCCCCACCACCUGAAGGUGAAACUACUGAAGCACCCCCACCUCCUCCUCCACCUGAAGGUGAAGGAGAUGCCCCACCUCCUCCUCCACGUACUGAAGAAGCUCCUGCACCUGAAGAACCACCUCCGGAAGCACCCCCACCUGAAGAACCUAAAAAUGAAGAAGAAGAGGAAGGAGAUUAAUCACCAGAUAUUCACUAUUACAUAAUAAACAUUUAUUUACACUUUUUUGUUCACCUUGGCAGUAAUUUUGGGUAAGAAUUAGAACAAUAGGUCAUGCAUUGAGCACACAAUGAGUUUGGUACGAGUACACGAGGUGCCAUGUUGAAUUACUCUAGUCGCCUAGUGUCGACCUUGCUCCGUAUUUCUUCUUUGAGGUAAUUCGAGCCAACCUCCGACCUUGGUCUGCGAAUUGAAAUCCGAAUCGAAUUUAUACUAGUUUCAAGCUUCAAGUGUGAACCUAGAGCGUGGGCAAUAAUUGCAACAUGUGUGCAACCACCGAUUGCAAUCGGCACUCAAUAUUUCACUUAAUUAAUGCGUUAAUGAGAAAAAGUUGUAUGUGACGAAUUAAAAUUAUGUCGUUGUUCUAGUUUUGGGAUAGACUGGAUAAUUGCAACAUUAGAUUUAUGUUAAUUUGUCAUUUUAUUAAUAAAAUUAAUCUGAACUUGAUCUAAAGACUAAAGUAUUGAAGUUAUAGGCAACCAGCAUUACUUUUCAUUGGGUCAAAGUGUUGAUUAAGUAAGAAUUUGUAAGUACAAGAAGGAAUUUUGUUUUAAAACAUUAAAAUUUUGUAGUUUUUGUUA